UCUUCGCCCGCUGCCCCCUCGGGCCCCAUGCCCUCUGCACGCUCCGCGGCCCCCGGACAGGCGGCCGAGCCCACAGAGCCCACCUGGCGCCCCGCCGCCGAGGCCAGCUCGGCCCGCAGCGUGCUGUCUCCGGAAGAGGAAAGCGGUGGGAGGGAGCUGCCGGCGGAAGAACCACCGCCGGGAGGGAGGGGAGGCCGAGUUGCCCUGCCCCGCCGGGUCUCGGCGUGCCUGACGCGUAUAGCCGGGGCAUGAACGUCCCGGUGGCUGGCAGCGGGAACGGGUCCCGCGGGGGCUGCCUGCGGGCCUACCCGGCGCUGCCGGUGUGUGUGGUGGAGGACCACCAGGAUGUGCUGCCUUUCAUCUAUCGUGCCAUUGGUUCAAAGCAUCUUCCUGCCAGUAAUAUCAGCUUUGUUCAUCUUGAUUCCCAUCCAGACCUCCUUAUUCCUGUUAAUAUGCCUGCAGACACUGUAUUUGACAAAGAAGCUCUUUUUAGUGAAUUAAGUAUUGAGAACUGGAUUAUGCCUGCUGUUUAUGCUGGCCAUAUUUCUCAAGUAGUAUGGCUUCACCCACCAUGGGCUCAGCAAAUCUCAGAAGGAAAACACCAUUUUUUGAUUGGGAAAGACAUAUCAACAACUACAAUCAGGGUUACAGGUACAGAUCAUUACUUUUUAAGUGAUGGUCUUUAUGUCCCUGCUGAUCAGCUAGAAAACCAGAAGCCUUUAAAUUUGCAUGUCAUUCUCAUCAGUCCUACUGAAGCACCAAACAGCCAGGAAGAAAAUGAUGAAGUAGCACCUGCUAAGAGACUGAAGUUAAAUACAGAUGACAGAGCAAGCACAGCCUCUGCAUCAGUGGCUCCUGGUGACCCUGAUCACAGCACCUCAAGAGUGAAGAAGAAGGAAGAACACAAUACAAGUGCCCUGAAUAAGGCAGAAAUAUUGUCAGACUGUCCAUCUUCAAGCUCUCUCAGAAAUUGUGAAUGCCCAAUAAGAGAAAUUGUUGAAGAUGUCUGCCAAGUGCUGCAGAAGGGGGAUGCAUAUGUUUUAGACAUUGACUUAGAUUUUUUUUCAGUUAAAAACCCAUUCAAAGAAAUGUACACACAGACAGAAUAUGAGCUUUUGCAAGAGUUGUACAAUUUCAAGAGACCUCAUAGAAAUGCAACAGAGGAGAGCUUGCUGGAUUGUGUUGAAAACCGCGUGCAUCAGCUAGAAGAUCUGGAAGCAGCAUUUGCAGAUUUGUGUGACAGUGAUGAUGAAGAGACUCUACAGAAGUGGGCUUCAUAUCCUGGAAUGAAGCCACUUGUUCAACUAGUUCACAGUUUGAAAACCAGAAUGGAAAGUCCAGACUAUGAAAUGGUCCAUCAAGCUGGUCUGACCUGUGAUUAUAUGGAACUGCCUCACCAUGUUAGCACUGAAGAGGACAUUGAAGGCCUCAUACAGUCUGUUAAAGUUCUACUAAAAGAUAUGCCCAAACCCACACUUGUGACAGUUGCUCGAUCAAGUUUGGAUGACUACUGCCCUUCAGAGCAAGUUGACAUCAUUCAAGAGAAAGUUCUCAGUUUACUAGGUUCAGUGUAUGGCACUCUGGAUGUGCACUUAGAUUACUGAAGCACUUCAUCUUCUUUGUGACCUGUAUAUUGCCCUGCAACAUAGCAGAUUAAUUUAAAUUGCUUAUUAGCUGUGGUUGAAAGAGUAAAAAAUGCUGCAGUAAAAGGUAAAAAAAUUUCAGCAGGUGGCAGUAGAACCCCAAGACCAGGAGCUAGUUCUCAGCUGCAUUGCGUUUUCUGAGUUAGCUGCAUCGGGCUGUUACCUCUAUGGCUUUGUUCAGAUUAUUUUUACUGUCUUUCUUGCUCUUAAAACUGCUGCAGGAGAAAUUUCUAAUUGUAAAAUGGUUUUUUUUCACCUGAUUUUUUUGUGUCUGUAAAAAAAAAAUAAUAUAUAUAACUUCUUAAAAUAAAUGGGUUUCUUUAUAAAUUCUUUGAUGGAGUUCAAUGAGUAACAAACACGGU